CCUCGACCAAUGGGUGGCGCUGUUAUUGAUUUCGGGCCGCCGUGCGAUGGAGGUACUCCAGGGCACUGGUCGUUAUGUCGGGGACGUGAAACGACAGCUGCGGGACGGGUUUGGUCUGUAUAUUUAUCCGAACAGCUUUUAUCAGUAUGAGGGAGAAUGGAAAAAUGGGAAAAAGCAUGGUAUUGGGAAGUUUCUCAUGAAGGAUGGAAGUUACUAUGAAGGAGAGUUUGCGAAUGGAGAAAUAGAAGGGAACGGUAUCCGGUACUGGGCUUCCUCUGGAAAUGAAUAUUGUGGACAGUUCUCACAGGGAGAGCUUCAUGGAUUUGGAGUGAUGAAGUACUUUGAUGGCACUCGGUAUGAAGGAGAGUUUCACUAUGGCGUCCGAACAGGACACGGAGCACUGAUAGAUAAAGAGGGCCAGGUGUACCGAGGCUCCUUUCACAACAAUAAGAAACAAGGAGAAGGAGAAAUGUACUAUAAGUAUGGGAGCCACUAUCAGGGAGAUUGGGUACUGGACCAGCGACAGGGCCAUGGCAUUAUGCAGUACGCUGAUGGUUCUCUUUAUGAGGGACAGUGGAGAAAUGACCUGUUUAAUGGACAAGGCUCCAUGAUUCAUUGUAGUGGAGUCAUUUAUGAUGGAAUAUGGAUCAAUGGCCGUCCCGCCGCUGAAGCCAGUAAGCUGGUGAUCCUUGGUGAAGAAAUACGGGAGGUGGUGGAGGGCUGUCCUUUCUCUGUUGAAGUUCAGCUCCAAAACAACAAAGGCGAGAUAGUGAAAGGUAAGGGUCUUCCAUUAUCAUAA